CAGCCCCGCAGUCUCUGAGGCGGAGCUGGUGUGCUGUCUGGAACCUGACUCCAGGCUCCAGGGCCACGCUGGCUGUGCUUGGAGCCGAGGGCUUGCGAGAAGGCAGGAUGCUCCUGGCAGGCCCUAUCGGCGAGGGGCCGGCAACCUCGUGCCGCUCUGAAAGUGGUGAUGAAAGAAAGGACGUGGAGGAGAAAAGUGACAUAAAUAUUGUAGCUCUUGUUGGAAAUGAACAAAUCGGUAAAGGUACAGAUAAUGGUGAUCUUCCUUCCUAUGUGUCUGCAUUUAUAGAAAAGGAAGUUGGAAAUGACCUUAAAUCAUUAAAGAAACUUGAUAAACUCAUAGAACAGAUGACGGAAAGUAAAAUGCAGUUAGAAGAACAGGUACUUACAAUUUCAUCGGAAAUCCCUAAAAGAAUUCAGAAUGCUUUAAAAAAUGCAGAAGAGUCAAAGCAAUUUCUUAAUCAGUUUCUGGAGAAAGAGACUCAUCUCUUCAGUUCCAUUAAUAGUCAUUUGCAGACCGCACAGCCCUGGAUGGAGGAUCUUGGGGCCAUGAUUAACCAAAUUCACGAGAUUGAACGGCAUCUUGCUUACCUUACAUGGAUUUCACAAAUUGAAGAACUAAGUGAUAACAUUCAGCAAUACCUAAUGACCAAUAAUGUCCCUGAGGCAGCUUCUACUCUGGUAUCUAUGGCUGAACUUGACAUCAAGCUUCAGGAAUCGUCUUGUACUCAUCUUCUUAGUUUCAUGAGAGCCACUGUUAAAUUCUGGCACAAAAUUCUCAAAGACAAGCUUACAAGUGAUUUUGAGGAAGUUUUAGCACAGCUUCAUUGGCCAUUCAUCACAUCUUCUCAGUCUCAAACUGUUGGCUUAAGUCGACCAGCCAGUGCUCCUGAGAUACAUGGUAACCUGGAGACACUAUUUUGUCAGCUUCUGAAACUACAAACCUCAGAUGAAUUAUUUACAGAGCCAAAACAACUUCCAGAAAAAUACUCUCUUCCUGCAUCUUCGUCUGUCAUCCUGCCCAUCCAGAUUAUGCUCACUCCCCUUCAGAAGAGGUUCAGGUAUCACUUCCGAGGGAACCGACAGACUAAUGUUAUAAGCAAGCCUGAAUGGUACUUGGCUCAGGUGCUUAUGUGGAUUGGGAACCACACGCAAUUUCUGGAUGAGAAGAUUCAGCCAAUAUUAGAUAAAGUAGGCUCUUCAGUAAAUGCAAGGCUUGAACUUUCUCGGGGCCUUGUGAUGCUAGUCCUGGAGAAGUUAGCUGCUGAUAUUCCUUGUUUGCUCUAUGACGACAAUCUCUUUUGUCACUUGGUGGAUGAGGUGCUGCUGUUUGAAAGGGAACUGCACAGUGUUCAUGGCUAUCCUGGCACGUUUGCUAAUUGUAUGCAUAUUCUGUCAGAGGAAACCUGUUUUCAGAGGUGGUUGACUGUGGAGAGAAAAUUUGCUCUUCAAAAAAUGGACUCAAUGCUUUCAUCAGAAGCUGCCUGGACAUCCCAGUAUAAGGAUAUCACUGAUGUGGAUGAGAUGAAAGUGCCAGACUGUGCAGAGACUUUUAUGACACUCCUCUUAGUUAUAACUGACCGGUAUAAAAAUCUUCCCACAGCUUCUAGAAAGCUGCAGUUCUUGGAGUUACAGAAGGACCUGGUAGAUGAUUUCAGGAUACGACUGACUCAGGUGAUGAAAGAAGAGACUAGAGCUUCCCUUGGCUUUCGAUACUGUGCGAUUCUUAAUGCUGUGAACUAUAUCUCAACAGUACUAGCAGACUGGGCUGACAAUGUUUUCUUUCUACAACUUCAACAGGCAGCACUGGAGGUCUUUGCAGAGAAUAACACUCUCAGCAAAUUGCAGCUGGGACAACUAGCCUCUAUGGAGAGCUCUGUCUUUGAUGACAUGAUUAACCUGUUAGAGCGUUUAAAGCAUGACAUGUUGACCCGUCAGGUAGACCAUGUUUUUAGAGAAGUUAAAGAUGCUGCAAAAUUGUAUAGAAAAGAAAGGUGGUUGUCCCUGCCAUCUCAGUCCGAGCAGGCAGUAAUGUCCCUGUCCAGCUCAGCCUGCCCCUUACUGCUUGUGCUACGAGACCGUUUACUUCAAUUGGAACAGCAGCUUUGCUUCUCUUUAUUUAAAAUCUUCUGGCAAAUGCUUGUAGAGAAACUGGAUAUAUACAUCUACCAAGAAAUCAUUCUUGCUAAUCACUUCAAUGAAGGAGGAGCAGCUCAGUUGCAGUUUGAUAUGACACGGAAUCUUUUCCCUUUGUUCUCCCACUAUUGCAAGAGACCAGAAAAUUACUUUAAACAUGUAAAAGAAGCCUGCAUUGUUUUGAAUUUGAACAUUGGUUCUGCACUGCUUCUGAAAGAUGUCCUGCAGUCAGCUCCCGGGGAACCUUCUGCCACAGCAGCAUUAAAUGAAGUUGGAAUUUACAAACUGGCCCAACAAGAUGUUGAGAUUCUGCUUAAUUUGAGGACACACUGGCCUAACACUGGAAAAUAAUGCAUCUUUUGUUUUUGUUUUUGUUUUGUUUUCCUUUUUUGAACAAGAGGAAUCCAAUUGAAUUAAGUUAUAUGAUGAAGUUCCGAAUUAAUGAAACUGGAUAACUGAAAACUUGACAGAAUCAUUUAUUAUCUUUGACUUAUAGGUUAUUAAAAUGUUGACCAUACUUCCUUAGACCUUCUGUUCCUAAGAAAACAAAAACAGAAAACUCAGAAGCCAUGAAAACUCAGAGUUAAUUCCAUUUACAAUACAAUGCUGAAUAUGUCUUGAAUAAAAUAUAAGAGCAGAGACAGUAAAUUAUAACCAACUUUCAGUUCCCUGUGUUAACUAAGGAAGACUGUUGUGGAUAAUCAAACCCAGCAAAUAAAUUUUUAAAAGACUACUUUAGAAUGCAUGUUUUUAAUUGAAGUUCCUAUUUAGUUUGGAAAUUCACUGUAUUUCCCAUAAGAAAGCGCAUUAAGAGAGAGUGAUGAAAACAGAAUUGCUCUCAUUUUCUAUAAAUAUCCUUCCAUUUAAAAUACUUCCUAGCUCCAUUCCAUAGGCAACCUGUACUUUUAGAUGAAACAUUUCAGGCCACAGCGCUAUGCUUCAGUCUUCUCCAGGGUAGGGAAUGUAAUUAAAUUAUUUUUGUUUAAUAUUUAUGUGAUGAUGAGAUGCGUAUCUUAAACUUUCUGACUUUUCCUUGACCUUGAACUAUGUUCAUGAUUUCUUGAUUAAUAAAUUCUCAGUGAGUAAAACUUUAAA